GGACGAUAUGGCGAAUAAGAAUACAAGCGUUUAAUCACAAAGAUGAUAUUUCGACCUUUCUAAAGAAGUUGGAAAGCAAUUUUAACACCAUAACUCAAUUAAAAUGUUAAUUAUUACUUCAAAUUUGAAUCUUUGCACAGUCUGUAGAGCUGCAAUAUGGUCUUCAAAUGUCACAAGGAGUUUCAGCACAACACAGGUCCUGGGGAGAGUUAAGAGAAAACAAAGAAAGUUCCGACCAUUAGUUCCACCAUUUACUAGAUAUGGAGAUUCCCAUAGAUUGAUGCGUGGCUUAUGUGUGAAGGGCGAGAGAUAUGGGCCCCUGGUUGACCUCCCUGACUACACAUACUUGGAUGGUAGACCGACUCCUUUAACUCCACAACAGAGGGAAAUCAAGGCAGAAAGACGCCAACUUUCUGAGAAAGUGGUACGUUUCAUGAAAGAGAUGGACAAUGUUCGAGAGUACAACAUAAAUAGGGAGGAUACAAGCACAAAGAAAACAAACGAAAACUCUUAAUAUUGUGUUUUGUUGAAUAAUGUGGAAAAUAAAUUGUUUUCAUACUUUA